AUGUUCAGCAUCAACGUGACCGUUGAACUGUCGGAAACGAGUUGGCAAUCGGUGAACUUCCGCAUUUUUCUCGUUAUUAUCUUCGUCUUCGCGCUCAGCGUAUUCAUCACCUACCCAGUGUACCUGGCAGUUCACAGAAUCAAUCGAUAUCGAGAUGAACAGGUCAUUGGAUUCCGGUUUCCGUUGGUCGCAAACCUUGAAUUCAGACUGCAAUCUACCCGAUCACAAUGCACUUUUACGAGAUUGUCAAGAAAGUGUACAUUUUCGGCUACUCCACGUUAUUUGCCUGUUUAGUCAUGUACAUUUCGCAUAGAUAUGAAAAGUUGGUCUCGUAGCCUUAGAAGACGUCAUGAUGCUCUGAAUCUUUCUGGGUGAAACUAUGACAUCUAGUACUGUAAAUUUGUAGUUGACAAGUUUUUUGUAGGACCCCACCCUGGGCUACUGUAGUCCUUGAAAGUUGAGGAUAUACAGAGGCGUCGGGAAAAAGGGUCUCAACUUCCAAGGACUACAGUAGGCCAGGGAAUGGUCCUACCAAAAACUUGUCAAUUACAAAAAUCAAGUACUAGACGUCAAGAUUUUGCCCAAAACAUUUCAGAACAUCAUGACGUCUUUUAAGGCUACAGUACCUGUCCAAAGUUUGUCAAUCUCUAUUCUCCCUUUCAACCCUAAAAACUGGUAGUCUCAACGUUAUUCUUCCAGUUUCCUGGCCACAAUCCUCUGGUUUUUCAUCACCCUCGGUGCCUAUUAUCCAGCACUCGUAAUAGUCCGCGUUUUUUACAUUCUAGUCAAUUUGAUGGCAGUUCAACGCUUCCUCCUCUACUUUUUCCCCUCAACCGCUCGAUUCAUCAACUUUUGGCUUAAAACUGCUGAAAAGGCGAUAAAAUGUAUUUAUUUUAUUGUGAUUUUCUAUGAUAGUGCAAGUUUUUGCUAUCACUUCAUCGAACUCCGCAGGCUUCCGGAUCCGCGAAACGUUGAAGGAUACACAAAGUCUGGAUUCAUUUAUAUUGUAAGUAUCAAUCAAUUUUUUGUAAAUUUGUAGUUUAGACUACAGUACUCCUAGGAAAAAGUGUCCAACUACAAAAUUACAGUACUGGAGCCCAAAAUGUUAUAUUUUUUCAAAUUGCAAACAUUUGCAGACGAUAUACAUUUGCCUCAACGCAUUGCUGAUCAUCUCCGCACUUCUCUACAUCACAAUCAUGAUCCACAUUCGAAAUUUGACAUUUCUCCAAGACACUGUUCAAAAUCAGCCGCAACAGUUCAUGUUGUACCAGACUUUGUCCCUUGCUCUCUUCAAAGUUGUAAGUUGACGAGCCGACACUAUCAUCUUUCAAAAUGUUCCGUCAGAUGUCACUUCCCUUCUUCAUCCAGUUCAUUUUCGGUGAAAACGAGUUGAUUCAUGUGAGUGCUCUUCUGAAAAUCAAUAAUAUCCGUUCACUUUUUACAGCUAUUAGGUGUCUCUGGAACAAUUGACAUUCUCAGCACUCCAUUAAUGAUCCAGAUAUCCUAUUUGAGCUGUAAUCGACGAACUGUGCACUUGGUCACUUCUUCGUUCUUUCAAAGAGUUGUUCGACCGAUUUUGAGGUCCACUUCGAGCCAAAUUGAGCCAAUGCGUUGA